AUAUUAGGCUCCAGUAGGCUGAAAACAACUAAACAGAUUAUAGAAAGAAAAGAAAGUUAAAAUAAUGUCAACAAUCGGUAAUAAAGCGAGGGAUAAUUCUACUCUGAAAAUUAAGUGUUUGUCGUCGGAUGACUAUAAGUCUAAAAUGAAACGCGAUAAAACUUUUCAAACAAAAGUCGUUAUUAGACGUCUUCCUCCAACUAUGAGUGAAGAACAAUUCCUUGAGCAGAUAUCCCCAGUUCCAGAACACGAUUAUAUGUAUUUCGUGAAGGCAGAUAUGAGUUUAGGGCCUCAUGCAUUUUCAAGGGCAUAUAUUAAUUUUCUUAUACCUGGAGACAUUUUUUUAUUCAAAGACAAAUUUGAUGGAUAUGUGUUUCUUGAUAGCAAAGGCAAUGAAUAUCCUGCUAUUGUUGAAUUUGCACCUUUUCAAAAAAUUCCCAAGAAAAGAAAUCCAAAGAAAAGAGAUACUAAAUGUGGAACAAUUGAUAACGAUCCUGACUAUCUGAAAUUUCUAGAAAGUCUAAAAAAUCCAGAUGAAGUAGCAUUACCUUCUGCUGAAGUUUAUUUAGAAGAAAUAGAAUGUAGAGAAAAAGAAUUAAAAGCUAAUAAUGGUGUACCAAAAGUUACUACUCCUUUGAUUGAAUAUCUAACAGCUAAGAAAAUUGAGCAACAGAAAAUUCGUGAAGAAAAAAGGGAGGAACGUAAACGGAAGGAAUUGGAGAAGAAACGCAUUAGAGAAGAAGAAAGAAGAAGGCGUAAAGCUGAAAAAGAUAAAGAAAGGGUGAAAGAAAAAUAUAAGGAUAAAGAAAGCUUGUCUGAAAAGGAAGCGACUGAUGAGCCUGAAGAAUCAUCACCUGUGCUUGAUGCAUCUAAACAAGCUGAACCUAUAGUGCAGGUAUUGAAAAACCCCGAGAGAGAAAAAGACCAGAAAGAGGUUACUGCAACUACCCCCCAAAAGUCAAAAGAAUAUUUUGUUUCAUCUAGAGUAAGUAAGGAUAAAGACAGGAAUAAGAAAGAAUGGGAAAGAAUACGAACAAAAGAGAGGCAGAAAGCAUCUGCAAGAAGUUAUUUUAGUGACAAAGACAGAAGUCGCAGAGACAAAACUGAUUACAAAUUAUAUGGCAAUAAAAAGUCAUCUAGUGAUAGCUCUUCUCAGAAACAGAAAGAAGAAACUAAAGAAUCAGAACUCAAUUCUGAGGAGUUAUCAAAAUCUGUAGAAGAAUCAAAAGAAGAUAGCAAAAUUGACUUAAAUGUUUCCACAAAUAGUCAGUGGUCUUCAAAAGAUAAGAGAGAUAAUAGUUGUCCUGGAAAUGUUGAAACUCCUGGUAGUCAAAAGGAUAAGAGCGAACUAUCAUGCAAAUCAUUUAAAAAUUCAUCAAAAAGUGUAUCUGGAGAUGAGGUUUCUAAUAUGAAUGAAAUCUCAAAAAGUGAUAGUAAUGCUAGUGAUCAGAAAGACCGAGGAAAGGAUCCUAGGACAGAAAGACGAAUUAGAAAUAAGGAUCGACCAUCCAUAGAAAUAUAUAGACCUGGGAUGCGACGUUUCAGUGCCCAAAGAAGUAGUCCACAAAAAGAGAUAUCAACAUCUGCAAGUAAUUCUUCAAGUCCUAGUCCUACACCUCCCUUAAUAGGAGCUGUGCAAGGUCAAGUAAAAAAAGAAGCUGAUAAUAAAACUAGUUCUGCCUAACAUCAGUGUUUGAGGUAUUGAGACUUAAGUGGUUUAUCAUACCAUCAAACAUGGAGGUAAUGUUGUGUGCUUGUUUGAGUUUCUCCUGUACCAUAUUUUUUAAAUUUUAUUUUUAAAAAAUAAAAUUUAAUCAAUUUGA